AUGCUCAUUUAUGGAUAUGAAUUUUAUGGCAAAAAGGAGUCCAUUCAUUCUCCAUAUUUUAUGCAUAACUUCCUAAUUAAAAUGCCAAGAAUAUACUACUUAAGAGAGGAUGGCAGAGCAAUGGGGGCUGCACAGAUAAUUAUUGCCCUGAUUCACUGUGCCCUGUGGUUUCUCUGUUUUCAUUUGUUUAUCCAAGAGGAGAAAAUAUCAGUAACCGGUUAUGUCCCCGUACCUGUUAUCCUCAUUUACACAUUUUGGACAGUACCAUUUUUCAUCAACUCAGGAUCUACAACCGUGCAAGCACAGAGGCACCCUACACGACGUUUGUUUGUUGGUGCCAUUAUGAUGAACAUCAUAAGUUUCUGCGUUGCUGCAAUUGGCACAGCUAUAUUAACUGUUGCAUGUUUAAGUUACCAGUCAAAAACUAAUGACUAUGUUUGGUCAUACAUGGCUGGAAGUAUGCUUUUACAAUUUUUACUAUUCAGCACCAUCUCUGAAAUGAUCAUUGCAGGCUUACUUAUCCACUGGAUUAUGAAAGCAUUGCAACAUACAGAAUGUGAUGAAGAGAGUUUCUCACUGUCGGAAUGCCAAAUCUCCAUCACUUCAUAA